AUGAUUUUAAAUAAUUAUAUCAUAUUUUUAUUAUUAUUGAGAUGUGUAUUUGUGUACUGCAAAAACCAUACAACAUACACUCUUAACCCUAAUUCAUCGCAAUUAAAACUACUAUCGUUGCCAAAAGAAGCUAUGUUUUUGGGCGAUUUACAUAAAAGUUCUAACAAAAAUAGGUCAAGGAAGAAAAUAAACACUCACUUUUUACAUGAGAAUCCCAAUGAUGAAAACGGAGAAGAUUAUUAUAAUUACGAACAAGAGGUACAAAUAUUAAGCCCCGGUCAAUCUAACUUAAACUCUGAGGAUAGUUACAAUUCAUCGGGGGGGCCAUCAGAUGAUAAUGGGCCUCGGUCUAAUUAUCAACCUGAUUUUCAGGGUCAAUCGCAGCCAGAAAAUGGUUUUUUGGACGAGUCGUCAUCGCAGCCACUGAAUAACCAGCAAGAUACUGAUCAGGUGGAAGAGAACAAAAAGAUCGUAGACGAUAUAGCCAAGGAGGAGCACAUGAAAGAAAUGAACACCAAUGCUGGCCAAAUGUUGGAUUCUGCCAAACAGGCAAAAGAGAAGGCUGACGAGUUGCUCAAUAAGUUUAAACAGGGCCAGUACACGACGGAAACGAACAAACACUCAAUGCCAAAGGACGAGGCCGGGAACAUUAUCAUUACUAAUACGACCACGACUCCUGCUCCCAAACAUGAGGAGGAGAAGGUAGACCCCUUAAAAUCAAUCAGAGAUGCUACUCUAAGCCUAUUUGAGAGGGCAAAGCACAAAAAUCUUCCUGUUUCAGAUCCAGGCCACUUAUCUACGCCAGAACAAAUAUAUGCUGCCCUGAACAGCCUGGAGUAUAUAAUCGAUGGGUACCGUUACAGUAAAAUCGACGUCAAAGAUGCAAAGAACCAGGAAAACAACAUCGCUGAUUCCGGCAGCACCUCCGAUGUGGGAGAGGGUGACUCACAGCUCGUUUCUUCUGACGAUUCUAACACCUCAUCGUCCAACGGUGGUGACGAGGAAGAAGAGGAAAACAUCAUGGAUCCUGAUAGGUUUUUGCAGGUGAAACACAAAGACGAUGACGACGAAGAAGAAGAGGGGGAAGGAGGCGAGGAUUCCAACGACGAGAACGAGGAAGAUGACAAGGACGAGGACUUCCACAGGGACGAAUCUGAGGAGGGCGGGGAACUUUCCGAUGAAAACGGCUCUGGUGAAGCCUCCGCCUACGAAGGAGCUGGCAAAGGCGCUCGUGAGAGCAAGGGUGCUGCUCUUACCCCGCAGCAGGCCGUCGAGGACUUGAAGGAGGUCCUCGCCAAGUUGACUUCCGUGCUUGAGCAGGUCGUUAUUGACAGCGUCGGCGUCAGGAACGUAAUUGUAAAGUCUGAAUCACAUUAA